AUGGAAGAAUUACAAGGAUAUUUAGAAGAAGAUAGAUCUCGGCAACAACAGUUUCUAUAUCCACUUCUCUUUCAAGAAUAUAUUUACGUAUUUGCUUAUGAUCAUGGGUUAAAUAGUUCAAUUUUUUAUGAACCCCAAAACUCCUUGGGUUAUGACAAUAAAUUUAGUUCAGUACUUGUGAAACGUUUAAUUAUUCGAAUGUAUCAAAAAAAUUAUUUGAUUUAUUCGGUUAAUGAUAUUUACCAAAAUAUAUUUGUCGGGCAUAACAAUUAUUUUUAUUUUAAUUUUUUUUCUCAGAUUCUAUCUGAAGGUUUUGCAGUCAUUGUAGAAAUUCCAUUUUCGCUGCAGUUAAUAUCUUCCCUUGAAGAAAAAGAAAUACCAAAAUCUCACAAUUUACAAUCUAGUCAUUCAAUAUUUCCUUUUUUAGAGGAUAAAUUAUUGCAUUUAAAUUAUCUGUCCGAUAUACUAAUACCCUAUCCCGUCCAUAUGGAAAUCUUGGUCCAAAUACUUCAAUCCUGGAUCCAGGAUGUUCUCUCUUUACAUUUAUUGCAGUUCCUUCUCCACGAAUAUUAUAAUUGGAAUAGUCUCAUUAUUCCGAAAAAAUCUAUUUACGUAUUUUCAAAAGAAAAUAAAAGACUAUUUUGGUUCUUAUAUAAUUUAUAUAUAUAUGAAUACGAAUUUCUAUUAGUGUUUUCUUGUAAACAAUCCUCUUUUUUACGAUUAAUAUCUUCUGGAGUCCUUCUUGAGCGAAUACAUUUUUAUGUAAAAAUAGAACAUCUUGGAGUGUACCGAAUUUUUUGUCAGAAGACUCUAUGGAUUUUCAAGGAUCCUUUCAUACAUUAUAUUCGAUAUCAAGGAAAAUCGAUUCUGGGUUCAAGAGGGACUCAUUUUUUGAUGAAGAAAUGGAAAUACCACCUUGUUAAUUUUUGGCAAUAUUAUUUUCAUUUUUGGUCUCAACCAUAUAGGAUUGAUAUAAAGAAAUUAUCAAACUAUUCUUUUUAUUUUCUGGGUUAUUUUUCAAGUGUACAAAUUAAUUCUUCGAUGGUAAGGAAUCAAAUGCUAGAGAAUUCAUUUCUAAUGGAUACUCUUACUAAGAAAUUUGAUACUAUAAUCCCGAUUAUUCCUCUUAUUCGAUCAUUGUUUAAAGCUCAAUUUUGUACCGUAUCUGGGUAUCCUAUUAGUAAACCAAUUUGGACCGAUUUAGCGGAUUGUGAUAUUAUUAAUAGAUUUGGUCGGAUAUGUAGAAAGCUUUCUCACUAUCACAGUGGAUCCUCAAAAAAACAGAGUUUGUAUCGAAUGAAGUAUAUACUUCGACUUUCAUGUGCCAGAACUUUGGCCCGUAAACAUAAAAGUUCAGCACGCAGUUUUUUGCAAAGAUUAAGUUCGGGAUUAUUAGAAGAAUUCUUUACGGAAGAAGAACAAGUUAUUUUUUUGAUCUUUCCAAAAAUAAUUUCUUUUUAUUUAUAUGGAUCAUAUAGAGAACGUAUUUGGUAUUUGGAUAUUAUCCGUAUCAAUGACCUGGUAAAUUGUUUAUUAGUCACGACAUAA